AUGAAAAAAUUAAUAAAUGAAAAUAUUAUUGUUUAUACAAAAGACAUAGAUACAAAUAAGAUUACUUUUCCAAAAGAAGGGAUAUAUCGAGUAGGAAUGUAUUUACUUUCUACUGAAUCUUUUUGUUUACCUUUUUAUUGGAAUGGCUCCAGAAAUGAAGCUGAUUUUAUUGAGUUUCCUUAUUUUUGUUUUGGUAUAAAUAUAAAUAAGAAGAUAACUUCUUCUUUGUAUGAACUAGAAAAACUACCAACAUCUAUUACAGAACUAACAUUAUCUUGUUUGUCUGAUGAGCAAUUUGAACAAGUUAAACGAUUAACAAAUAAACUAAGAAAAGAACUUUUAAAUUUCCCAUGUUUAUUUCGUCAAAAUGAUCUUGUAUCAAUUUGUGGUGAACCUUUUCAUGUUGAUUCAAUUGAUCAAAGUCAAAUUAAUAAUUUUGAUACAUUUUAUAUUUGUGAUAGUCAUACAACAUUAUCAGUUUUGUUUCAACAUGAGCUUGAACUUCAGGUAAUGAUUGACUCUUCUUUAAAUACGAGUGUUGGACUAAGUUCAUUGUUUUACAAAAAUUCAAGGUAUGUGCAAUUAUGUACAAAACAACCAUCAGUUUUUGAAAUUGAGCCAUUGAACAUCUCUUCUUCUAUCAUUCUUAUUUCACCCUUAAUAGCCUCAUAUUUUAAAUUGACACAUCUCUCAAAAAUCUCUGUGUUAUUUAUAAAUAUUCCCAAUACAGUUUUACCUUGGGUACACAUUUCUUCACAAAUAUGUGUGGGAUCAUUUUUCCAGCGUUGUGUACCAAUUUUCAAUUCAUUACCCAUUUAUAUUAAUUCUAUUCCAGUUGUGUUGACAUCUUCACAACUUGGUUUUAUUUCAAAAACAACACGUUUCAUAGUAGAUACUGGUUAUUCCUUUAAAUCAACUUUUUCGAGUUUAAAACCAUUACUACCUUCAGUAAUUAAAUUAAAUGAUUCUAUUCAUCUUAUUUCAAAAAACAAUCUUCAAUUAUUUCAUUAUGCUAUUGACCAUCAAUUGUCAUUAUCUCUUUCAUUGUCUGGAAAUGUUUCUUUUUGUUUGGAUGUCUUUUCUAUUCUUUUCAGAUUAUCAAUCUUUCCCUUUCAUUUUAACUUUUACAAUUAUUGUGUAAUAUCAUUAGAAUCAAUAACAUCGCCAUUACUUACUAAACAAUUUAUUGAAAUAAAAAAAGAACCUACAAUUGUUAUGUUUAUUAGAACUAAUAAGGCAACAGAUUCUGUUAUUAGUACGACUCAAAGAUUUAUUGAAGAUUGUGAAAGGUUCCAUCUUCCAAUUAUAUCAUUGUUCUAUCCUUCUGUAGAAUUUGUAAUAAGUACUAUCCAAAUUAAAGAAAAUAAACAAAGUCAUACUAUUUUUCAAGAAAAGAAAAUUUUUGGAUAUAUUGAACAACGAAAGAAAUUAGAAGAAGUAAUUCUUAGUAUGAGCCAUCCAAUUCAACCAUUAAAACCAUCUGGGAUUUUAUUAUAUGGACCGAGUGGAUGUGGAAAAACAACAUUGGUUGAAGAUUUUUGUUAUCAUCAUUCUUGGCUGAAUAUCAAAAUUAUUCGUGGGUCAGAAUUACUUAGUAAGUAUGUUGGAGAGUCUGAAAGAAACGUUAGAGAAUUAUUUGAUGAAACAGUAGACCUUAUUGUUUUCGAUGAUUUUGAUUCAUUGGGGCAUCGAAGAGAUGGAGAGAAGACUGAUUCUGUUGUUAAUACAUUGUUAACAAUGUUAGAUGGAGUUGCUGAAAGAAAGACUGCUGUUGUUGCUCUUUCCAAUCGUCCAGAUUUAAUAGACCCAGCAUUGUUGAGAGGAGGAAGGUUAGGUGAUUGGAUCUAUUUAGGAUUACCUUCUGACAAUGAUAAAGAGGAAGUUUUGUCUACUAUGUGUUCAAUGACAUGGAGUAAUUUUUCGUUAAAAACCAAGGAUUGGACAAUGGGUGAUAUUGUUUCUUGUUUACAAAAAAUUUCAGGAGUUAUUUUACAAACUCAAGACAAAGAAAAAAAAAUUAAUAUCCUUAAAACAGCUAUUGAAACAUUUAAAGCAUCUGGGCCAAUGAUGGACUUUUCACCAUUUAAACAAUUCGUAAUUAAUACUUCUUCCAUAGGGAGAGAUAUGGUAUUAAUUUAA